AUGCAGAGCUUAUCGAGCUCGGCUCCAACACCAGAGGCUAUAUUAGAAUGGCUUCAGAAGGAAAUGGGUUACCGGCCACUAGGUCCGAGCAAAUCCCAUGUGCCUUCUGUUGAGGCUAUAAGGAAGAUUUGUAGAGGGAAUAUGAUACCUAUUUGGAAUUUUCUAAUCAACCGCGCGAAAUCGGACAAGACAGUUGAGAGCAUUAGGCGGAAUGUUACGGUUCAUGGGGGUACCUCUGAUGCUGUGAAGGAGGAGAGUAAGGCUAAAGGCAGGCGAAAAGAAAAGGCGGUGGCUGGCCAGAGUUUGAGUUCUGCUGAAAGCAGGGAGGCUGCAUUGCAUGAAAGGGAGUUAGCUGCAAAAGAGGUGGAAAGAUUGAGGAACGUUGUGAGGAGGCAAAGAAAGGAUCUGAAAGCUAGAAUGCUAGAAGUCUCGAGAGAAGAAGCUGAACGGAAGAGGAUGCUUGACGAGAGGGCAAAUUACAGGCAUAAGCAAGCAAUGCUCGAAGCUUAUGAUCAGCAAUGUGACGAAGCAGCAAGAAUAUUUGCAGAGUAUCACAAAAGGCUACAAAUCUACGUUAAUCAAGCAAGGAAUGCACAGAGGUCGAGUUUAGAUUCUUCGAAUGAUUUAUCAAGCAAGCUCAGCACUAACAUUGACAGGGAAUCUGUUUAUUCCUCUGUCAAAGGAAGUAAGAUGGCAGAUGAUGUCAUUCUCAUUGAAACAACCAGAGAACGGAAUAUCAGGAAAGCUUGUGAAUCACUUGCAUCAAACAUGGUUGACAGAAUAUGUAACUCUUUUCCUGCUUACGAAGGAAAUGGAAUUCAUUCGCAUCCUGAGCUGGAAACUACUAAGCUGAGUUUUGAAUAUGAUGAAGAAAUAUCUGAGGAUAUGAGAGCUGUUAUACUGAACUGCCUGAGUAAUCCUCCUCUACUACUUCAGGCUAUUGCUGCAUACACCCUACGCCUCAAGACCCUAAUAUCCAGAGAGAUAGAGAAGGUUGAUGUCAGAGCUGAUGUGGAAACAUUGAGGUAUAAGUACGAAAACAACCGGGUAAUGGAGAUUUCUUCUUCUGAUGUGAGCUCACCGUUAAGUUACCAGUUUGAUGGUAAUGGCAAGAUUGCCCCAGAUACUUAUUCAAAAGGAUCAAACAACCAGCUCCUUGAACGGCAGAAAGCACAUGUGCAACAAUUUUUGGGGACUGAAGAUGCACUAAACAAAGCCGCAGAAGCUCGGGUUUUGUGUCAGCAACUUAAAAACCGGUUGCAAGGAAGUGCUGAUGCAGUUUCUUCAUAUUCAGUUGGUGGAGGCACAUCACAGAAUGUUAGAAAUCUUAGGCAAUUUGAGUUGGACGUAUGGGGCAAGGAACGCGAAGCUGCUGGUUUGAGGGCUAGCUUAAACACGUUGCUAUCUGAAAUACAACGGCUGAAUAAAUUAUGCGCUGAACGGAAAGAAGCUGAACAUUCUUUAAAACAGAAGUGGAAGAAAAUUGAAGAAUUUGAUGCUCGUAGAUCUGAACUUGAAACAAUAUAUACUACUCUUCUCAAGGCCAACAUGGAUGCUGCUGCAUUCUGGAAUCAGCAGCCACUAGCUGCUAGGGAAUACGCAUUGGCCACAAUAAUUCCAGCUAGUGAGGUUGUUGCAGACAUUUCUAAGAAUGCGAAAGAUUUCAUUGAGAAAGAAUUGUCUGCUUUCUUCCAAAGUCCUGAUAACACACUGUAUAUGCUUCCAGCAACUCCCCAGGCCCUUCUGGAGUCUAUGGGAGCUAAUGGGUCAACAGGGCCUGAAGCAGUUGCUUUUGCAGAGAAGAAUGCUGCUUUGUUGACUGCAAGAGCUGGUGCAAGAGAUCCAUCGGCAAUUCCGUCUAUAUGUCGCAUUUCUGCGGCCCUCCGAUAUCCUGCGGGUUUAGAGGGUUCAGAUGCAAGUUUGGCAUCCGUUUUAGAAUCUCUUGAAUUCUGCUUGAGGCUCCGUGGCUCUGAGGCAUGUGUGUUGGAAGAUUUAGCAAAGGCAAUAAACUUGGUCGAUAUACAUCAGGAUUUAGUUGAAAGUGGUCGUGCUCUAUUAAGCCAUGCUUACCAUGCCCAGCAAGAAUAUGAAAGGACAACUAAGUAUUGCCUAGAUCUUGCUACAGAGCAAGAUAAUACAAUAACAGAGAAAUGGUUGCCUGAGCUCAAGACUGCGGUCUUGAAUGCUCAAACUUCCUUGGAGCACUGCAAAUACGUGUGGGGUUUGCUGGAUGAGUGGUAUGAACAACCUGCUGCAACUGUUGUGGACUGGGUCACUGUGGAUGGGCAAAACGUUGUGGCUUGGCAUAACCAUGUGAAAACAUCCUAUUGCCUUUUACGAUAA